UGCUAACAGUCGGGUUGGUACCCCUAUAGUAGAUCUUUCCUGCUGUUCAACUAACUAUAUAUGUAUACUUUGCCAUAUUUUUGAUAUGCUACAAAUGGAUUAAUUUUGAAUAGCAAUUAUUCCGUUAAUCUUUUUAUAAAUAUUACAUUGAAUUAGAAUAAACUUAAAUAAAAUUCUUAUCAGUGGUAUAAUUUCAAUUUCGCAUAAAUUAUCUGAUUUGAUAUAUAUUAUGUUUAUAACCUGUGGUUUGUUUUAAACAAAGUACCGAGAUUGUUUAUUUAUUACUUAUUAUAAGUAAAUGUUGUAUCUACAUUACAUAUGUACAUACGUACGUUUGAAAGAGGUAGAUAUUCCUUAUACAUCAUAUUUAAAAACAAAGUGUAUGUUGUAAUGCUUAAAACAUAAAUCUUGGUAUUUACCAAGAAAAAAACAUUUUUAUGUACAAUGUGUAGCAUGCUUCUAAAAGUUACAUAGGUGUAACUCUCUUCACUAGAAACAUAUUUUAUAUAUUUUACAAUUAACAGUGUAUAUACGUGUAUAUAUUAUAAAAAUAAAACCAAAGGGAUUAUAAUAAUCCAAAAUGAAUAAAACACCUGUAUCUAUUUUACAAGAAAUGAUGGUGAAGAAGCACACAGUGCCUAACUAUGAACUUAUUCACGAUGGUGGAGGUACUCAUAUGAAUACUUUUACAUACCAAGUAACAUGUGAUGGUUUAAGUGCAACUGGUACAGGACGUUCUAAAAAGGAUGCAAAACAUGAAGCUGCAAAAGCAAUGUUAGAAACUAUUGCAGCACAUAGAGGUUAUCCACAGUUACCAGCAUCACCUGCACAAUCACCUGUUAGAACACCUUUACCUCAGCCAGUUCCUGAAGUACCUCGAAUUCCACCAAAUGUACCAUUUGUUAAUGCUAUUGGUGCUUUACAGGAUUUAUGCGUAGAAAAUAAUUUACAAGAGCCUCAAUACACACAAAUUAGUGAUGUUGGACCGCCACAUGCAAAAAUUUUUACUAUCCAAUGUGGAGUAUCAACUUUUAAAGAAGUUGGGGUUGCAAGAACAAAAAAGCAAGCCAAACAAGAAGCUGCUAAAAAGAUGCUGGAGAAAAUAAGUGAUUUAGUGUCCUCUAUAGAGGAUGAUACAAAUGAUACAACAAACGUAGAUAAGAGUAAUGCUCUUGCAAAAGCUAGUUAUCUUUUAUUGUCAAGGUUACCUUCAAGUAAAAAAGUAAAUUUAGGUAUUAAGAUAGCAGAAUAUCAUACGAAACUAAAAAGUAGUUUCACUAGUAAUGUAUGUGAUGAGCUAAUUCAAACAUUAGAAUCGUUGAUUCCUGAAGAUUAUAAUGAUGUUUCUGAAGAAUUUGUAGAAGAUUUAUUAGGCAAAUUUUCAGAUUUUUUGUUAACUUUGAAUUUACAAAUUGAAGUUAAAACUAUGAAGUCUAAUGUACCAGAUAAACAUGUUGUAAUUAUGAAGAUAGAUUCUUCACCUCCGAUUAGCCAAGUUUCAUGUGAAAAUACAAUAACACAAGCUAGGUUUACUGCAAUACAAGAAUUAAUUAAUAUAAUGAUAUUUUUCUUGAAGUAAUAGCUUAUGGAAAGAAGAAUGUUACAAUGAAUCUGUGAAUUAUGCCUUUUAUACUUUUAACACGUUGAAUGCCGUGAAGGUCACCGAUGAUCAGUACUCAACUUGCCAAUAAUAUAAUGUGCGUCAUUAGUGACCAACGAUUUCGAUAUUAUUGAAAGCACCUGAAUCAAAUAAAUGGUAAUAUGCGAACAAUUUUUAAUAUUGUUAACCUUAUGAUAAUGAUGUAAAAUAAUUAAUACAUCAUUAGUAUUUAAAUAAUUUUAUUUUUAUUGAAACAUAGUAAACAAGGACAUGGGUUAUCAAUAUAAUCUUCACAAAAUGUAACUUUUUUAAUCAAACGAUAUCUUAUGUUGCGGGGUCACCGGUAACCUUCAGCAAAAUGAAUGCAUAAAGUACGAUAAUAGAAUUCGACUGAAUCGUUUAAUAUUUAAUAUAAAUAUUAAUAUUUAUCAUAUCUUAUCGCAAUAAUCGUAUAAUUAUUCAAUGUGUUAAAUAUAACUGGUAGAAAUGAUGAGAUUUGUUGUUAUCCAAGAUUUCUUAUUUUAAUUCAUUUUCUAACGAAGGUAUUGCAGUUACCAAAAUUACAAAUAGUAAGUUAAGAAUAUGUUUUGUUAUGAGUGAUAACAAUCCAUAUAAGUUAUUAAAAAUUAAGUUCUCGAUCGUAAAUACGAUAUCAAAAAAGUAUUUAUUUUUUACUUUUUAGUUUAGAAUUUCGUUCGUGAUACAGUUUGUAUUUCUUUUACAGAAUUCAAAACGAUUUUAACGGAGAAAACCACGGAGCGCGUGUAACAAAAUAAUCAUAAUGUUUUUCGAAGUUGUUAAUUAUUUUUUUUAUAUCAAUUUAUAUCUGUUAUAUUUAAAUAUUUUGUUUGCCCGUUUACCUACAUU